CAGAAGCGGGCCGAGGGCCGGCUUCAGGGAUCCUAGCCUAUAUCGGCUGGAUGACUCAGAACAUGCACCAUGGGAGAGCUUGGUGAACAAUCUCCCCAAGGCGCGGCAGCCGUGCCAAGAGGAAAUUCAGCGUGACGAGAAUGUCAGCAACCGACGGGCCGUUUCCAACAAGAGAAAGGCUCGUAGCCUAGAUCUGGAAGACUUUCCGCCGAAAAGGGGGAAGGUCCAUGCGGUGCAUGGCAGCGACGGCCGCGGAGCUAGGGGCGGAACUGGCCAUGGGAGCAAGCGGCCACGGACGCUCUAA